AUGGCUGACACCUCCAAGUUGCACCCUGCGACUACAGUCACCAAUAUCAAAUCAUGCAUUCCUAUUGUUCUUGACUAUGAAGGAAGCCAAUACAACAACUGGGCUACCCUCUUCAAGCUCCAUUGCCAAGCAAACUUGGUGAUCGACCACAUACUACCUCUUGCCUCCCCCACCGUGCCACCACCGGCAACGGCAACCGAGAAACUUGCUACGAAGGCUCUAUGGGAACGGCUAGAUGACAUUGUUCGUCAAUGGAUAUAUGGUACAAUAUCGAAUGAUCUUCUCAACAUGAUCAUUCAUCAAGAGGACAUUGCAGCUGAGGCAUGGAAUCGUCUUGUUCAUCUUUUUCAGGACAACAAAUCGGCUAGGGCUCUUGCUCUUGAUGCAAAAUUCACCAACACCAAAUUGGUGGAUUUUCUGAAUGUGAAAGCAUACUGCACCAGGCUAAAAGUUCUUGCAGACAAUCUUGCAAACGUCGGCCACAAAGUUUCCGACGAACGACUUGUGUUGCGUCUUCUGCGAGGAUUAUCGGAGGAAUAUAAAACCUUUCGAACGACGGUACAACACCGUACUCCUCUCCCAUCUUUUGACGUUGUUCGGUCGAUGCUUGAACUUGAGGAAGACAGCCAUGGCGAGGACGCCAUCCACGACUCCGGGUCGAAUGCUGUUCUCGUUUCCUACAAUGUUAAUCCUCACAAUUUUUCAAGUAAUGGGCAGUCCAACAAUUCUGAGAAUGGUUCUAAUAAUCGAGGAAAUUCUCACAAUCGCGGAAAGAAGAACAACCGCGAUCGCAGCGGCGGAAACCGCAACAGCAACCGCGGUGGCACAGGAAACGGGCAGAGCAGCGGCGGGGGCAGCCGGCACACCGCCCAGGGCAAUCUGCUCGCAGCAUCGCCGAACCAAGGGGCUGCUGCCCAGUUAUAG